GCAACACAAAUGGUUGAUGCCAAGCAAGUGUUCCGAGAGCUCAAGCUCCAUGGACUGACCCUUCAUUCGGACGCGUUGAAGCGGCUCUUGUCUGAGUUGACGAACCAGCCAACUCUUGUCCUCGAAGAUGUCGUGUUUGCCAUCAAGAACAGCAUCGAUCGAAGCAAACUGAAAACAAGCGUCGUGACCCAAGAUGCGCUUGAAAGCGCGCUGGACACGCUCUUGAACGUAUCUUCGGACAACGACUAUCAAUGCAUCCAAGUCUUCAAUGCAUUUGAGCAACCAAAGCUCGUUUAUCACCCGUCGACGAAAUCGUAUGAGGUCUCGGCAGAUCCGUCACGGAAGCUUCAUGCAAGCUCCACCCACCGCUUGUCCCUAUAUCGAGAAAGGUUUGCCGCGUUGGAGCGUCGAGUCCUGCGGCACAAGUCGUUUGCGAAGCCAGUUGCAUCGACCACGCGGCAGUACAACUUUCAAGACAUCAGUAGGAUUGAAUCCCUGUUGGGAGUCACAGGCACGAAGCGCGUGCUUGGGAUGCUGGGUCAAGACGAACGGAAGCGAGUGUACCUGGAAGACAUGACGUCUCGCAUCUACCUCGAUGUUUCCGAAGCGAAGUUUACAAACGGGAUUUUUACCAGCAGCUGCAUCGUCCUCGUCGAGGGCCAAGUACUCGACGAUGUGUUCCAUGUCGAGACAAUCGGGUCGCCCCCCCCAGAGCUCCGCGAACAGUCGCUCCAUGUCCUCUCGGGCGUUGAUGCACUCGGAGUCGAAGUCUCCACGCAGCAACUGGCCCAAAUCAAACAACUUGAAAGCGAACAGGAAUUGGAUUGCUUUGUCGUCCUCUCGGACGUCCAUCUCGAUGAACCGGACGUGCUGAAGCGACUUGAUGCGUUGUUCAGCGGGUACGAACCGUUCACGCCGACGCUGUUCAUCUUUAUGGGCAACUUCACGUCCACCCGCGUGGGGUAUGGCUACGGCGCCGAGUCCACAACCAUUCGGACCCUCAAGCAGCUCUUUGAUGAUCUCGCGACGCUCAUCCUCAAGUACCCAGCGCUUGUGGAGAAAUCGCAGUUCCUGUUUGUACCUGGCCCCAAUGACCCUGGGGCGCCCGACGUCGUUCCUCGCCAUGCGGUGUGUCGCAUGGGUCGAAUCGUUUCCUUCGGUUGGGGACUUAUCGUGGCGCUAGUUGCCCACCGUGUGCACCGAAGACUUUAUCCGACGAAUUCCGUCUGCAAUCAUGUCCAGCAACCCUUGCCGAGUUCGUUACUACACCAAGGAUUUUGUCAUCUAUCGCGACGACUUGCAGCACAAGAUGAGCAAGGCGAGUUUGUUUCCUCUUUCGACGGACACUGGUAGCAACGACGUGUCUCGACACGUACGAGCCAUUCCCACUCGAUGAUAUGGUCGAACAGGAUCAAUUUGUGUAGCUCGUGAAAACUCUCGUUGACCAAGGCCACUUGUGUCCACUGCCCAUUCCGGCGCGUCCGAUCCACUGGGCGUACGACUCAUCCCUGCAACUGUUUCCCUUGCCCGCAGUGCUCAUCUUGGCGGACAAGUGCGACCAAUUUCAAGUCAACUAUGCAGGGGUGUCGGUAUUCCACCCAGGUCCAUUCCACGUCGACUACUCGUUCGUUUUGUACCGUCCAUCGACCAACACGGCGGAGAUUAGCCGAGUCGAUCUGGAUUAGCUUCGUCGUAAGCGCUAAUGCAUACGACACAGCAAUGGAUUGCAA